AUGGUCAUGAGGGAUGGUCUUAAACUAGCUAAUUCUCUUGGGUUCAAUCGAUUGGAAGCUGAGUCUGAUUCUACGCAAGUCAUCAACUUUUGUACCGAUCACAACAAUAAAAGAAUUGUCCUUGCGUUGCAAAGUGGGUUGAAGAGUGAGAUAUUAUGGGCAUUGAACGCCCUCACAGUACUCUCUUUUAAGGAGAAGGAUGACCUCCGACGGGAUACAACACCUCUUGCUAAAGUUCCUGGGCUAUUGGAUGCCCUCCUUCAAGUUGUAGAUGAUGUAAAACUAGUUGAACUACUACAUCAUGAGGCUGUGCGGCUCGGCGGCGGCGGCGGCGAUGACGGAGAUUUUCUCCAAAUCGAGCGACGGCGGCCGAGCGACUUCGAUUCGGCCAAAGACGAGGCAUGCGGCAGCGGGGCAGCGGCGGAGUCUCAGGGAGACGACCGGAAGAUGUUGGCGGAGGCUGUGCAGAUUGAUGACUGGCGAGAUAUUGCAAUUCCUAGGGACCAUACAAAACCACCAAGAGUAAGAACUUUGGGUGUCAAUACAACAAUCUCAGGAUUUGGUCUUGAAAAUGUUGGGAAAGUAUACUCGGACAGCACCACGUAUGUCAUUAUUGAUCUCAUCAAUAUCUUGAGUACUCAUCUCGUUUUCAUGAUUUGCGCAACAUACUUAUAUUCUUUGAAAUAUGGUAAUUUCAGUCCUCCAAAUGAUCAAUCAAAGAUAGAGGGCUCCACUAUCACAAAGAAGAGAUCUGCAGGAUUUUUGUUUGAUGAAGAUGGUCUUUUUAAUAUUGAUGAUGAAGGACGGACAGAGAGGCAACAGUGUGCUGUUGCGGCUUCCAAUAUAAUCCGCAAUUUUUCUUUCAUGCCAGAAAAUGAGACUAUCAUGGUCCAGCAUAGACAUUGCUUGGAGACUAUAUUUCAGUGCUUAGAAGACCAAAAUGCAGCAUGGCAUUGUGCUGCUGCUGAAUUGAUUGGGCGGCUGAUAAUCAAUCCAGACAAUGAAUCGUUCCUUGUUCCUGUGAUUUCACAGAUAUACAGGAGAUUGGUUGAUCUGUUGAGCGUGCCAGCAUUUGAUGCACAGGCUGCUGCUGUUAGCGCCCUCUACAACGUAUCAGAAGUGAACAUGGAUUGUAGGCUGAAGCUGGCUAGUGAGCGAUGGGCUGUGGAUAGGCUUCUAAAGAUCGUGAAGGCACCACACCCUGUGUCGGAGGUCUGUAGGAAAGCAGCGGUGAUACUGGAGAGCCUCGUCUCGGAGCCUCAAAACAGGAUGCACCUCCUGGUUCACGAGAAUAACUUUGCGGAGAUCCUGACGUCGGAAGGGAAAUACUCGGACACGUUCGCUCGGAUUCUGUACGAGCUGACUGCGAGGCCGAGCAACAAGGUGACGUCGGGGCAAGCUAUCUGGGGAAACAUAAACUGA